AUGUGGAAACCAUCUAAGCCACCAGGGUGGAUGCUAGCUUCCUCCAUCAUUUCUAUCGGUGGUCUACUGAAUGGCUACGACACAGGCUCCAUCGGUGCCGUGACUACGAUGCCACACUUCGAACUCACUUUCGGCACUCCAACGCCCGCUAUGCGUGGCUUCAUCGUAUCCUUCUUGAUGUUGAUGGGUGCUGUCCCCGCAUUCUUCGCAGGACAACUGGCCGAUCGCUAUGGGCACCUUUGUAUUGUCAUGGUAGGGUCCACGAUCUUUACACUGGGUGCCAUUUUGCAAGGAGCAGCAUCUGCGCUCCCUAUGCUCUUGGUCGGAAGAGCGUUGGCUGGACUGGGCGAAGGGCUUUGGCUCUCGAACGUGUCGGUAUACAUCACAGAGAUCGCUCCCGCAAGCCGUAGGGGGAUGCUAGUCUCAAUUCCUCAAUUCAUGGCAGCUGUAGGGAUCUGCGCUGGCUACUUCACGUGUUAUGGUUCUAUAAAGAUCGAUUCGUCAAUCUCCUGGCGGCUUCCCUUCAUCCUUAUGGCGGUUACUGGUGUCAUCUUGGCUGUUAGCUGUCUCUACUUACCGCCUUCGCCCCGAUGGCUCUUUGUUGGUGGUCGUCGGGAAGAUGCCAUGCGUUCACUAGAUCGCCUCAAUAUUCCUAGAGUGGAGGUCGAAAGGGACAUGUCGAAGCUUACCGCUCGCAGUGAAUCAAAGCUGUCUACUUGGCAAUCAACACGGUCAAUUUUCCAGAGGAAGUAUCGGCUAAGAACCACACUUGGUUUAUUCGUCCUAGGAAUGGUCCAAUUAUCCGGGAUCGAUGGCGUCCUCUAUUAUGCUCCUAUUCUCUUCUCCCAAGCAGGUUUAUCUAGCGGCACAGCCUCUUUCCUUGCAUCCGGAGUCUCAGCUAUCCUCAUGUUAGUAGUAUCAGUCCCUGCUUUCAUCUUCGCAGAUAGCUGGGGUCGCAGAACUUCGAUCAUCACUGGUGGCAUUGGUCUAUCCGGUUGUAUGUUUGUCAUCGGCAGUCUCUACGCAACGAAUAGUGUCCACGCGCACUCUGGAUCUGGCAGGUGGUUCGUCAUACUGCUCAUCUUCGUCUUUGCUCUAACGUACUGUGGAACAUGGGGAAUUGUUGGCAAAAUUUACGCCAGCGAAAUCCAACCGGUCCAGACGAGAGCUGCGGCAAACAGUGUUGCGCAGGGUCUGAAUUUUUUCACAAACUGGCUCGUGGCCUUUGCCACUCCCAUUUUCCUUGCACGCUCCUCCUUCGGCGCAUACUUCCUUUUUGGUGGACUAUCCCUUUUCACGCUCAUCGUACUCGCGCUCUUUAUGCCCGAAACACGAGGACGAGGGUUGGAAGAAAUCCAAGACGGGUUCCGCAGGCCAUCGGUUAACCCGGCUCGACUCGGUCGCAAGAUGUUAGAGGGCGUAAGAUUCAGAGGAAGUCCCAGCACAGCGAACACUGGAUCAAGUAUUGCUAUGUCAGGAGAGAACCCCCAGACGGACACCGGGAGCAGCCAUUCGAUCACUGCCCCCCAGAGAGUUGCCACGCAUACUGUUUGA